UACAUGGCUUGGCAAGACUCAACCACCGGAGGUGUUCGUUCUUCAACAGCUUCCUCCUUUCCUGCUCAAAAGUUGUUCACCUUUGGAAGAAAGGUAGGUGUCACGUACGUCUUGCAAAACGACGAUUGCUUGCUCGCUGCCAUAUGGGUUGCUGCAGCUCAGGUUUAGAACCAGAACCCCUAGCCCUAGCUAAUGCUCUCUGCACCCGCACGCACCAUUGCUGGCACUCCUUUGACAGGAGUGUAUCAAAGGCAUCCAAAGCAAGGCCGUGGAGAAUAUCUUCGCAAAUGGCCGGUGCCAUCAGUGCCAUUUGUAGCGGUGGCAGUGGCAUGUGCUCGGGCUGCCAAGAGGGCAGAGCCCGUUGCCAAGGAAUCUCAGAAGGGCAAGAGGGGCAAGGCUACGGCCGCCAAGGUGAAGGUGAAGCCGGCUACACCGCAAGCGGAGGAGGCCCUCGAGGCCAAGCAGUCAGCUGAGAAGAAGAGCAAGGUUCUGAAGCAACUCCUUGGUAUGGGCCUGGCAGCUCCGUCGCCUGAGCCGCCAGAGCUGCCGGUUCCGACCGUUCCAGCGACUGUCCAAAUGCCACCUUUGCCAACGGUGCCCACGGUGCCCAAAGAGUCUAAAGCGUCCACUGUGGAGGCCAUCGCAGCUGCCACAGAAGCGGCACUCUUGGCGGGAGAGCUGCUGCGCAAGGGCGAAGAGUGGCAGAGCGCGGCACAGAGAGAAGUGCGACAUCACUUCGAGGAUGCAGAUGCCUGGACUUGGGAUCUUGGAAAGGCAAGCUCUGACAAGGACACGUUUUUUAGCCCAGCCCUGCCUCCUUACUUGAUUGAGUAGUUCUAGCAACUGGACGCAGGAUAGCUCACGCACUAAUGAUUUGGUUCCUAGAUUUUUAGGUACACUUAAUGGGAUCAGAGAAGAAAAAUAUAUGAAGGUGUUUGGGCCUUUUGCGUGUUUCUUUCUCCUUCUAACAAUGCGUAAUGCGUUGCAUAAAUCAUUCCAGCCAAACUUCCAUUCCGACGAAAUUUUUGCUCGCUAGGAUGCAGUUGUGUCCUUGUUCGCAGAACACCAAGGUCAUAGAGCCUUUUGUACAGGGAGUUUGUUUCUUGAGAGCUUAUUGUUACUACUAGUAACAGGUGCCACGCUAGUAGUAACAGGUGCCUUACUAGUAGUAACAAGAAGCAGGCAAGUGUCACAAUCUCUCAGUGUUUGUGGUUUCUGCAGGUGAAAGCAUUGCAGUGCUUUUUGACCCUUGGCGAGAUGAGCUCUUCACUGCGGUACCGAUUUGAAAGAAGCGUUGGUGGGCACAGAAUCCUCCCAAGACCUUGAGUCUUCUUGGUCACAGCUACGUGGGCUGUAUUACUUGGGUCCGCCACGGUCGCGUGGUGUACGGAUCUUGGAGAACCCAGAGAUCGGUCACGCUUGGGUUGCAGCUGGCCGGUUGGGUGCCUUUUUUAGCUUGACAACUUCGAAUGCUGGAUCACUUCUAGUUCAUGAGGCAGGUGGCCUUGAGGAUCAAGGCGUCUCGGCCCUGAGUUCUGAUCUUCGGGAUCAGGUCGUUGAAGCUUUGCGUGAAGCAAAGGUUUGGAAGUGAAAACGGCG